AUGUUGGACGCCUGCGCCAAGGCCAAGGACCCCCAGCGCGCGCUGAGGUGGCAUGAGACGAUGCUGGCUCGUGGCCUGCGGCCGAACAACACCACCUGCACGGCGCUGGCUGUGGCUUUGGCGCGGGCCGGGGACUUCGCGCAGGCCCUGGGAGCGUUGGAGGCGAUGGAGGACUUCGGGCUCCAGGGGGAUGCGGUGGCUUACACCUGCCUGCUGGACGCCUGCGCCAAGGCCAGGGAGAAUCUCUACGCCCAGAAAGUGUUCGCACUGAUGAAGCGCCGGGGGGUGCAGCCCAACAUUUUGACCUACACCUCGCUGGCACGUGCGCAGGGCAACUGUGGGCGCUGGGACAAGGUGGAGGAGCUGGCCCGGGAGAUGCGCGCCAACUAUGGUAUCCGCAUGAACGACUUCUUUCUUUACGCGCUCCUGCUGGCUUAUGCAUUUGGCCGGCCCCGGCAAACGGAAAAGGCGGAGGCGGCCUUCCUCUUCUACGUGAAGGAAGAGCAGGUGCCGAUCAACAAGUACAUCAUCUCUGGCUUGAGCCGAGCCGUCGGCAGCCAGCGCGCCAAAGAGUUGGUCUACAUGACUGGCUACAAGGUGUUCCGGAACCGAAGGCCGCGGGCCGCGCGAUGGGAAGUCAGAGCUCCGGCCGCGCCUGGCGCGCGCGAGGCGCGCGAGGCGCGCGAGGAUGAAGCCGGACAAAGGCCGCGUGCGGUAUCAGCCAGAGCCGCUGGAGGCGGUGGAGGAGAUCGAGGACCAGGAUGGUUGCACCUCGGACGCUGUGGCCGAUUUUGCGGUCAACAAGGAGUUGGCCGAGUUCAGGCGCAAAGUCCAGGCCGCGACGCCUGCGUCGCCCACCAAAGGCGCGGGCAUAGCGCUGAUGCCUUCGCCCACCAGCCGCUCCGAGGCGGACUCCGUGAGGUCUCGGAGAAGCCGCCACAGCAGCGGCACGCCUAUGUCAGCGAGGCGCCGCUGCGGCACCUGGAGCUGAUGCCUACCAACCCGUGGUGCGGCAAGUGCAUGCCCCAGCCGCUGGAUGGGCAGCUGCCGGUGAAGCCGGAACAGCUCGCCACGGGACAGCAAUCCUCCGCACAGGCCCUUUUCGAGAAUGUGGACGAGUUCGGUACCAUGACGACCUCUCCGAAACGGGCUGUUGCACGCCAAGCGCGCUACGAAUUCUUCCCGAAGAAUUCGGACGAGGCGGUGGUGAAAUUUCACAACCGGCAGCCAAGGAUUGAGCAGCUGGGGGAGCGCUUGAGCCUCACGGCAACCCAUCCUAUGACCUUCUUCCAGCGAACGGCAGAGACUCCGGAUGAGAUCGAGCUCAUGCCCAGCAUGACCCGCUCCAGAUUUUCGUCGGCGCCCUUCACGGGCUACGAUGUGCAGAUGAACCCGGAUCCGGGCUCGGACUCCGAGUGCUCCGAGAGCUCCAGCUCGGGCUCCGAUGCACCGCCGAAGAUCCUGACGAGGCUCACCACCUUGGAGGUGAGCCGCAUGGAGCUGGUGACGCUGAACCACGCCAAGACGCAAUCGCUCAUUGAGAGCACGCGCAAAGAGGGCGUGCAAUCCGCACGCGCGCGCCGGACCACGGUGCACACGAAAUUUGCAUCCUUGUGGCAGCUGCUGAAGCGGCGUCAGGAUGGUACGAUCUCGAAGGAGGAGAAUUACUACCUGAUGUCCCAGCUCCGGUUUCUGCCAUUCUUUAGCGACAUCCCACCUGAGCUGUAUGACCAGAUUGUGGACAAGAUCUUCACGGACACGUAUGUGCCAGGCUGCCAUCUCUUUGAAGAGGGGGAAGAGGCUGACAGUGUCUUUAUGAUCAUCACCGGCGAGGUGAAGCUCCGCAACGAGAACGCGGGGGUCCUGGCCCACGACUCCACCAAGGCGGCGCCGUGUGUGCUUUUGGGCUCGGACGUUUUCAGCAACUGGCAGCGAGGCCAACCCUUCACGGUGAAGCCCAAAGAGGACCGCAUCCGCUCGAUGACCGCUGUGGCGUCAGGAGGCGACAUGGGGCCCAGCACCACGGUGGCAUUCUCCUUCCCCGUGGAUGCCCUGGAGUGCGUGUCCCAGUACUAUCGCAAGAAGGAGGCGGCAGACCGGUGGCACAUCGUGCGCAGCUUCGCAAAGUCCCAGCGACUCUCCGCCCAGGUGUGCCAGAAGCACCAGGACGUCUUUACCGUGAAGGGUUAUCCCAGGAGAGCUACCUGUUCGUCAAUGCCGGCACGAAGCCUUCACUCGAGGAGAGGCACGAAUCCUCUAUGUCAUGGAGGGCGAGCUGCAGGUGGUGCAUCCGGCCAGGAGAAGGACAAGCUGGGCCGACAGGUGGGCAAGGGGAAGAAAGAGCGGGUCGGCAAGGGCUACUUGAUUGGCGACGCGGUCCUGUAUGGGGAGCCUUACCCGUCUGCGGUUGUGUCCACCAGCGACGUGAAGGUGCUUGUCGUCAAGGCCUCGGACUACCUCCACAAGCUGCUGAACAGGAGUGUUGUGCUACCUCGGCCGGAGGGCUACCAGCCAACAGAAGGAGACCUGGCAACGACGCAGCGGAGGUGA